AUGUUUAGUACACAAAAAUCUCUCUUUAUAAUCGCCUCUUUGGUGUCUCUCACCGUAUUGGCCGCACCAAUCCACGACAAAAGCAAGUCUCGAGUCGAACCAACAACUUCUGUCGAAUGGGCUUUCGUAGAUGACUAUGCCACGCGUAACCAAGUGCUUGAUUUCUAUGAAAAUGUCGUUGAAGAAGUAUUUACUGCACAUACCGAAGAGAUUUUGGAACAUUUGGUUCGUACCAGCCAACCAAACUCUCCUUUUACUGUAAAUUAUCUUACAACAGAAGAAUCUCAUGCUUCAUGCGUGCACAAAAUCGAGAACUCUGUUGCAAACAACGUACAAGCAAUGAGCCAGCACGUGUAUAGCUCAAUCGAAAAACACGUGGAUGAGAACCUGAUAUUGCUUGAUGCAUUUAACCGGAACUCAGAGACCGCCGUCGAUCCAGAGACCUCGUUCGAAGACAUUGCGGCACUCGUAUUUUCUCUCAACCAGGUCGUUUCGGACCAACUGGCUGCUGUUAUCGAUCGAUACAGUCUCAUGAAGAACAUCGAAAAUGAUUUGCCGUAUUGUGACCUCCACUCGUUCUUUAGAGAGCCAAGUAUGGCCACAACAGCUGAAGCCGGAUCGGCAGGCUCGGCAGCCGUUCUUCUUCAACAAUCUAUAGAUAGCAUCUUUGGAUUGACUAACUCUCCGAUUCACUCCAAGGGUCUCUGGCUCCAGUCUGCAAAGACCAGUGUUGAUCUCUCUGUAACUCCUUGUGUCGAGAACCCAAUUGAUUAUCACAUCCAGGCCAUUCGGUCAGACGUAUUGUACGAGAUUGAAAACCGAUCUAUGGAUAUCGUAAACAUCUUGUAUGAUUCCCAGUUUGAGGAUCUUGAUGUAUAA